AGCAGCAGCAGCACCUCUGCAGGUGUCUCACCCGCUGUACCCUGAAAACCGGGUCCAUCACAGAACAACAACAUGGGACUACUGUCUGAUCCUAACAGGAGACGGGCUUUGAUCAGCCUGCUCACCCGCCUCAAUGCUCCAAUCUGUGUGGUCUGCUACAUGGCGGGUGUGGCCUGGUUCAUGGGGUUAGCAUUUGAGCCGUUCACUCUGCGGACAUACAUGUCAGAGAACGCCAUGGGUUCUACCAUGGUGGAGGAGCGCUUCCCAGCCGGGGAGAGGGCUCUGGCCACUGGCAGGGAGUUUGCUGCACAUAAGAAGAAAGCAGGUGGGAUGCCAGUGGAUUGGCUGGUGAGGACUAUGCAGGCUCGAGGUCUGGAGGUGUUCACCCAGAGCUUUUCUCGCACUCUGCCCUUCCCUGAUGAAAACAAAGAGAGAUAUAUGGUGAAAGGUACAAAUGUUUACGGGAUCCUCCGUGCUCCUCGAGCUCCGCGGACUGAAGCUCUGGUGCUGAGUGCUCCCUGUAGCCCCGGCGAUAGCAACAACCAGGCUGUAGGUUUGCUGCUUGGUCUGGCUCAUUACUUCAGGAAUCAGAUUUACUGGGCCAAGGACAUCAUAUUCCUAGUGAACGAGCAUGAUCUGAUUGGUAUGCAGGCGUGGCUGGAGGGCUACCACCACACCAACACUACAGGUAUGGACUGGUCUCCUCUUCAAGGCCGUGGUGGUUCAAUCCAGGCAGCCCUGUCUCUGGAGCUCAGCAGUGAUGUCGUCACCAGUUUGGACGUGGUACUUGAGGGCCUCAACGGUCAGCUGCCCAACCUGGAUUUAGCCAACCUCUUUUAUGCUUUCUGUCAGAAGAUAGGGGUCCUCUGCACCAUCCAGGGCAAGCUGCAGAGGAAUGACUGGGACAGUGUGUCAGGCUACAGCCAUGCAGUCCAGACCAUGAUGCUGAUGGUAAUGAAGCAGGCCAGUGGGCGGCCCUGGGGGGACCAUGGCCUCUUCCUGCGCUACCACAUUGAGGCUGCUACCAUCAAAGGCGUCAACAGCUUUCGCCAAUACAAGACUGACGCCACCACCAUUGGAAGGCUCCUGGAAGGAAUGUAUCGUAAGCUGAAUAACCUCCUGGAGCGCCUACACCAAUCCUACUUCUUCUACCUGAUGCCAUCGCUCUCUCACUUUGUCUCCAUCGGUUACUACAUGCCAGCGUUUGGCCUGCUCGCUGUUAUCCUGCUGCUACGUGCCUUAGACCUUUGGGUUCAACUGGCAACUCCACCACCAAGAACAGAAGAUGGAGAUGCUGACAUUGAGCAGCAGUCCAGUCCAGGAGUGCUGUCCGUGUUGACUCCUCUGGUGAUCAGCCAUCUGACGGGAGUAGCUCUGUACAUGCUGCCCAUCCGUUUUCAGGAGAUGGCAGUAGAACACUUCCCAGUGUCUGAGACCGAGGCCGUAGUCCUGACUGCUAUCGCUGUUUACACUGCAGGCUUGGCUUUACCUCAUAACACAAACAGACUGGUGUCGGGCGAGGGGACGGAGCAGGGCUGGAAAGUUCUGAAGCUGGUUGCUGUGCUGUACCUGGCUGUGCUGCUGGGCUGCACCGCCCUCAUCAACUUCUCCCUGGGCUUCAUCCUCGCUCUCACCCUGGUGCCUGUGGCUGCGUUCAUCACACCCCACGUCCCAAAGCUUCUGUCAGCCUUCAUCUUGGUCAUCCUCAGCCCAGCCUUCACUCUGCUUUUUUCAGUCUUCCUCUACCAAGAGCUGCUUGAAAUGCCCAUCAGCUUCCUAGAAGGUUGGUUGCUCUACCUGUCCGUCAUCUCACAAGGCAUCCUGGAUCACUUCCUGUACGGCUCUCUGGUCUACCCACUAGUAGCCCUGCUGGUCUAUCCUUGCUGGCUGCUUUUCUGGAACAUCCUCUUCUGGAAGUAGAUGUCGGUCCUGUAGGGCCACUGAUGGCAGUCACAGGGGUAAAAAAAAAAAACCUCUGAGGUGUUUCUCAGGUUUGUCUUCACUGAAGAAAUGUGAAGCUGACAGUUAAAUCCACUGGAGAGACUGGAAAAGGAGAAGAGGAAUGUCUGUAGUUGAUUUGGGAAUGAUUCAGUGACUCCUUUUUUUUUUUUUUUUUUUCCUGGACCUUUUGUUGGUAUUACAUUAUAACUCCAAGUAUUUUAUUCCGAAGCACUGGAGGAUUUCUGAAUGAACAAAACUAAAUGGACCGAUACAUACAGAUACAUAAAUGAAUAAGGGACUUUUUCUUUUCUCAAGUGACUAAAUGUCAUGUUUGUUUUCUUUCUGGAAUAACUGAAUUUGGUUUAAGGUAUAAAUAUUUUUGUUUGUGGUACAUAAAGAAAAAAAUACACUUUUUUAUCAGGCAGGAUGGUAAUGACGAGCUGCAACAAUUAGUCAGUCAGACAAAACAAAAUAUGAGUCUGUCACCUAUGAUUCUGGAUAUAUGGUAACGGUUGUUUUCCUUUUAUUUUUUGACAUUUUAUUGACCAAACAGUUAAUCAAUGAAUUGACAAAAGUAUCAGGAAAUUAAUCGAUAAUGAAAAUAAUUGUUAGUUGCAACUCUAGAAGGAAGUUUGGACAGUAGGAACAUGAUAUAAAAAAACUCAAAAACUGGUUGCCUCUUUUAAAGAUAUCCGUACAUCUGCAUCUGUCAAACAAGCCAUCACUACAUCUUCAUAUUUUUAUACUUGUUUUGAUAACCUUCUUUGAAACAUGUUUAUUUCUUAUUUAUAAAUGCCAAAAUAAUAAAAGACUGAAAAAG